AACAGUUGCACAAACAAGAACAAGACACGUCUGCUCAGUUUAGGGGAAUUGUCAAAUUUGUGUUUUCCUAUUUUCCCUUGGAUCCGCACUUUCUAAUUCAAGCCUGUCGCACGACAACUAUUUUUGGCGAUUCCUACCACCUGAGUGCACUCAUUUCCAGGACUUCCUGGCAAAAGCAUCAUUUCGAGUGACGUGGAAGUUUAAACGUACAUUAGACGACAAGGUUAUGGUAAACAGACAGUCGACCAUUGGCUCAAGUUUAUUGGUUUCGUAGGCAGAAUGAUCGAAAUAUCAGAUACACAGAAAAUUGGUGUCGGCUUAGCUGGCUUCGGGAUUGCAUUCCUAUUCCUCGGGAUACUGCUUCUGUUCGACAAGGGACUGCUGGCAAUAGGAAAUAUUCUAUUUCUCUGCGGACUUGCUUGCGUCAUAGGAGUAGAGCGGACGUUCCGGUUCUUUUUCCAAAGACACAAGGUGAAAGCCACAAUCUGCUUCUUUGGCGGAAUCAUCGUGGUCCUGCUGGGAUACCCCCUCGUAGGAAUGGUCAUCGAAACUUAUGGUUUCGUUCUCCUGUUCAGUGGUUUCUUCCCAGUAGCAAUAAAUUUCCUGCGGCGGGUUCCGAUUCUAGGCUCAUUUUUGAAUUUGCCAUUAAUUAACAAGUUUGUUGAUAGGAUAAGCGGUGAUUCGGGAAGAACUAGAGUUGAGUGAUGACUCCGGAAACGCUCGACACAGGCUCAGUGAUUCGCGGUUUGGUGCGCUUCUAAUUGCCAUAGGAAAUUUCCAAGUAACAAUUUUGCUCAACAAGUCAUUCCAUUCACCAAGCUAAGCAAAUUGGUUAUUCCUAACAUUCACUUACCAUAUAUUGUGCACAAUAAACACUUUUUGUGAU